AUGGCAACUUCUAAGAAGGGGAAGAAAGUUGUAAAUCAAGAAGAACUUCGGCGGUUGAUGAGAGAAAAACAAAGGCAAAAUACAGACAAAAAGCGUGUUGAGUCUCCGUUCGCUAAGUACAACAGCCUCGGCCACCUAAGUUGCGUCCUGUGCAAUGUGCAGGUGAAGUCAGAAUUAUUGUGGCCCGCCCAUGUUCUUGGAAAACAGCAUAAAGAAAAGGUUGCUGAGCUGAAGGGAGCAAAGAGUCAACCAAUGCUGCCACCGAGUGAAAAGGUAAAGAGGAAAGCGCCGGAAAACGAUGUUGCCAAUACAAAAAAGGCCAAGCCAGCUUCGGGGGCAGGGCAGUCUGGUUCGGGACUACCAGAGGAUUUCUUUCAAAAACCCGGUGAUAAAACAACCGACUCUGCCCAAAAGUCUGCAGGGUUGAGUUUGUUGGCUGGAGUUUAUGAUGAAGAUAACGAUGACGGGACAGAAGAGGCUGGUGAGGCAAAUCCUUCUACUCAGAAAACAGAAAGUGCAGGACUGCCAGCUGACUUCUUUGAUAGCUCCAUUCCAUCCACACCUGCCAUAUCCCACUCAGGAUCCAUUCUCAAAGCAGAUGUGCAAGAAAAGACCACUGAAAAGAAAGACAAAAUGGCUGAAGCCUUGCCUGAGGGCUUUUUUGAUGACCCAGUCAGGGAUGCCAAGGUGCGCAAAGUUGAGGCACCCAAGGAUCAAAUGGACAAGGAGUGGGAAGAGUUUCAAAAGGAGAUAAGACAGGUGAACACAAAAUCUGAGGCCAUUGUGGCAGAGGAUGAUGAAGAAGGACGAUUUGAGCGUCAGAUUGACGAAAUUGACGAGCAAAUUGAGUGUUACAGGAGGGUGGAGCUGCUCAGAGACAAGCGGGAUGUGGUUAAAAGCAGGCCCCUGACAAGAAAGCAGGAACCAAUGGAGACUGAAGAAAGCACUGAAGCAGAGGGAGAGGAUGAAGAUGAAUUGCUGGGGCUUUUGACCCAGGACUGGAGGGCGAAAGGGGCUCUUGCUUAG